CUCUCUGCUUCUCACUCCUCCUCCUCUUCCUCAAACUCUUCCCCUCGCACCUCUCACACUCACAUGUUGCCUCAGUCUCUUCUCUGUAGCGCUGGAUCCUUCUCCUUCUGACUCUGUUGUGCUCCCUCUGCCCCUGUCUCUCCUCUCCCUCAGCUUCAGCACCCAAAGCCCCGGCACAAUGACAGCACCCAGAGCAUCUCUCCUGCACCCACUCGUGGCUUAAAUAGUGUAAUUCCCCUGCGGGACGAUGGAGGAUCAGUACAUCUCCAAACUGCACCCCUUGGUGGAUUAUGGGGCAGGAGCAUUUUUGUUAUUAGUGGCCAUCUUGACUGUAGUCGGCAACUUUGCAGUUCUUGCCACAGCAGUAAAAUGCUCUUCACAUCUCAAGGCACCGGAUCUCCUGUCUAUAAAUUUAGCUGUAACUGACUUGGGCAUGGCCAUCAGUAUGUAUCCGCUAGCCAUUGCUUCAGCCUGGAACCAUGCUUGGCUUGGGGGUGAUGCCUCUUGCCUAUAUUAUGCCCUCAUGGGCUUUUUCUUUGGGGUCAGCAGCAUGAUGACUUUAACUGCAAUGGCUGUAAUCCGCUAUUGGAUGACAUCAUCAUUCAAAUCCAUUGGUAGAACCAUACAGAAGAAAACAGCCUGUGUUCUCAUAACAUGCAUAUGGCUGUAUGCCUUACUUUGGGCCAUCCUACCUUUGCUUGGAUGGGGACGUUAUGGACCAGAGCCAUUUGGAAUAUCUUGUACAAUAGCCUGGGGGGAUUUCCAUAAUUCCUCCAAUGGUUUCUCCUUCAUCAUCAGCAUGUUCAUCCUCUGUACCAUCAGCCCAGCCGCCACAAUAAUGAUCUGCUAUUCGGGGAUAGUCUGGAAACUACAUAAAGCCUAUCAAGAAAUAAAGAAUCAAGAUAAAAUCCCAAAUGCAAGAAAAUUGGAGAAGAAACUGACAUUGAUGACCAUAUUGGUCAGUUUUGGGUUCCUCGUAUCCUGGACACCCUAUGCAGCUGUCAGCUUAUGGUCAAUAUUUCAUAGCAGCAAACACAUCCCACCGAUAGUCUCAUUGUUGCCCUGCCUGUUUGCAAAGUCCUCCACCGCCUUCAACCCCAUGAUAUACUAUGCCUUCAGCAAGAUAUUCCGCAAAAAGGUCAAGCAGUGUUUCUGUGGAUGGAGGGUUCACUUCUUGAAGUCAGAAAACUCAGCUGAAAACCCACAGGUAUCCGUCAUCUGGUCAGGGAGAGAAAACCUGAUGGUCUCUUCUAUUCCAAAGCUGGUGAAAGGGAACCCUGGGAUACCAAAAAUGUCUCAGUGACAGACAAUGUUUCUAGGGAGGAGAACAAACGAGAGUGCAUUACCUGCAGUGUUUUGAGUGUUAAUGUGUCAUUUUUAAAUCAAAAGUACAAAGGUAAGGUUCCUCUCAACAUGCAAUUUCAACUUCUUCAUGGGGUUGUUACAAAAGGAACACUUACUGAGAGAUGUGAAUUGACACACACAACUGAUGAACAUUAAAGAGUAACUGAAGUUCAGGAGAAAAGUUGCUAGUUUGGCAAUGAGUCAGUGUGCAAAGGUCUAAACUGUUUGGACAUGAAGAGACAAUUAUCUGCUGGAUGAAGAUCUUCUGGUUUCCUACUGAAAUUAGGAGGCCACAAGAAUGAAGUCUAUGGAAGGCCGGGAGUCAUGAAGGCCCACACUUUACAGCUAUUUUCUAACAGGCUUUACCCUCAUCCAUAAAAUACAUACAUUAAUACCAUAAAGUUGGGGAAGGGGCAAAGGAUAUCACAUAUGCAAAGACCAGGGUACGGAAGUUACUCCAAUAUUUUACAGACAAAGUUUUUUUUGCAACAGGUGCGGAAUUUUGAUGCUUAAUAAAAUGUAUUUAAUGAUUUUCCUCUUCAACAUUAGAAUGCAAUAUCUGUAAAGUAAUCUUCACUUUCAGGGGAAAAAGUGCUUGAUGAAUGAACACUAAGCAGACACUUUCUAUUGCCACUUUGUGCUCUUGCUCCGAGUAAAUUACUCUUAAUGUCUCUACCUCCUCCUGCAAAAACCAUAGAUCAAAGCAAGAAAGAAAGUUCAGGGGUUGGUUCCCUAUGAUGGUGGGCUCUGUUGUAUAAUGCUACUGGUUGGUAGGGUUCAAUCAUACUAUUUCUGACGUUUCGGGCACAAAAUCCCAAAAAAUGUGGGCUUUUCGGGAAAAAGCCUCAAAAACAAAUUGAUUUUCGCAAAUUUUUUUGUGUUUGUCC